GCGUUUCCAUUAUUCGUACAGAUUAUUAACUCCGUAUAAUAUUCGGCACCAAGCCCCCCCAUCGUCCUGCCUUACCAACAUCUAAUCUCUGUCUGUCUCUGCUUUCCCCUUCUCCGCUCGAUCAAAUCGGCUCUCUGCAAGGAUCCGCCCUAAGCUGCAAUCAACCAUGACGCUUGGCUCAGGAGGAUCGAGUGUCGUGGUCCCACGCAAUUUCAGGUUGCUAGAGGAACUUGAGCGUGGAGAAAAAGGUAUUGGAGAUGGGACAGUGAGCUAUGGCAUGGAUGAUGGAGAUGAUAUCUACAUGCGUUCUUGGACUGGCACCAUCAUUGGUCCCCACAAUUCUGUGCAUGAAGGCCGUAUAUACCAGCUGAAGUUGUUCUGCGACAAAGAUUACCCAGAGAAGCCACCCACUGUUCGUUUCCAUUCUCGAAUCAACAUGACCUGUGUGAAUUCUGAAACAGGAAUGGUUGAACCGAAGAAGUUUAGUCUUCUAGCGACUUGGCAGAGACAGUACACCAUGGAAGACAUUCUGACACAGCUAAAGAAGGAGAUGGCAGCUUCACAUAACCGCAAGCUAGUCCAGCCACCGGAAGGCACGUUUUUCUAGUCAACCAACUAAGUCAUACAAUUUAUGUGUGGAACUGUAAUUCUGUGUCAUGUUAACAUUGAAAGUUCUAUGUAGGAUGCAAAUGCUCUGUCCCUUUGCUUAUCAUGGCUUCCCUACCCCCACCCCACCCCCUUCUAGUUUCUCACAACAAGUUUACAGGAUGCUCAAUGCUGCACUGUUUGGUUAAUUUGGAUUUUCCGGUGUGCUGAACAAGUUUUACAUAAAACAUGAGUUGUUUCAUUGGCAUUUGUUUCUCUAAGCGCAUGCUUUAUGUAUAAAUACUUUGUAUGGUC